GUUCCACGUCCCUUUUUGGAAGAGAAUCACGAAGAAGAGGUUCUAGGGUUUUCUCUCCCAUUGGGCGGCUCUGCUCGUGAUCCAGGUUUCGUAUUGGAUUCACGAAGCAUUCUUAGAGCACAUUAUUUUCUAUCUCUCUGAGCUUCUACCGAACUUCAGUUUGUUCUCUUUCUUUGAUCUAGCGGGUUUCCUUCUGGAAUUUAUGCUGGAGUAUCACGGGCUGCGAACCAUCCUCUUCUAAACUUUCGGGCGUAAAUCAUUUUUCUGCAAAUUUUAUUGGGUAAAUCAGUGUCCCAACUUAUACCAUUUUUGGUGAAGAGUUCGUGAUUUGUGACGAGUGCGAAAAUUGUCGAAGCUGUUGAACGAAAGGAGAAUCGUGGGUUUUGAUGGUAAUCCUGAUUUAGGGUGGGUUCUACUUUGUUGUCUUUAUCCAAUUUCUCUUUUUUCUUCAGAGUCCAUUGACUACAUCGAGAUUAGGUUUUUUUUUUAAUUUUGUAUUCGUAUAUUAGAAUCGGAGAUUUGUAACUUUAAGCUUAGAAGUUGAUAUUAUUGGAGGAGAAUACAUCUUGAUUUUAAACUAAUUAUAAUAUCCACUUCGAGUUCUACCUUUUAAUUUUUCCAUCGGCGAGAAAAUAAUUGCCGUGGGUGGGGUGAUUAUAGUUCUUGAUUUAUGAUAGGAAGAAUAACGUACUUAAUGAACUUGAUUUGGUGGUAUUAUUGAAUUUAGUCCUAUUCUGGAACAAAAAAGAAGGCAUGUUUUGGCUCAAUAUCUCACUCUAUUGUUUUACCGGGAAUAACGCAAACUGGUUUUUCUGGGACUGGCCUUGCGGGAUAAAUCUUACUCCCGCAGUUGAUAUGUGCAGAUUUAGGGGAUUAACCUUAUGGCACCGACAGUUCUUGUAGAGUACACUGGAAUGAAGGAAUCAAAGAAGUACGCACAGAAAGUCUUGGUAGCAAUGACGGGUAAAACGCAGAAGUUCUCAAAAGGCUAUUCUUCUGGAUUUGUAUCGGACUAUCGUCAUGCUGUUGAAACCAUGGGAGAAUCCGAUUUCGGUAGCUCUGGUCGAGUAGACACAGAGAUGACUGCUUCAGAUGAUUCUUGCGCCCCCAAAAGGAAGUGUAUUAGUUUGAACGUUGAUAGGUGUGAUGGCUUUGGUGUUCCCUUACAGGUGCUUUCUGUGUCAAAGAUGUCUCAUUCGGAGAGAAAGGAUUUAGGAAUGAGGCUCAGAGCAGAUCUUGAGCAGGUUAGGGUGCUUCAGAAAAGAAUUGCCUUGCGGUGUACAAAUGGUGUUGCCCUGUCAUCUUCCAGUGAUAUCCGUAGUUGCAGCGAUGGUCAAAGAAGGCCUCCGCUUGAGAAUCUUCCAAGAUCUUCUGAGUUUUCUGGGCAGGGCAAGAAACGGGUUCCUCCAGCCGUCAAUGGUCCCCACUUGAAACGGGGUAUUUCAGGCAGGUUUGAAUCUGUGAACAGGGGUGCUCCUCCUAGCACGUCAAAUGUUAUGUUGAUGAAACAGUGUGAGACAUUGUUGAAACGUUUGAUGUCACACCAAUUUAGUUGGGUCUUCAACACUCCUGUGGACGCUGAUAAGUUAAACAUUCCAGAUUAUUUUCAAGUUAUCAAGCACCCAAUGGACUUGGGGACAAUAAAGAGGAAGAUAGCUUCUGGUGCAUACUCAAGUCCAUUGGAUUUUGUGGCUGAUGUGAGGCUCACUUUCUCAAAUGCAAUGACCUACAAUCCGCCCAAAAAUGAUUUCCAUAUCAUGGCUGAUACACUGAGAAAUUUUUUUGAGAAGAGAUGGGAACCUAUUGAGAAGAAAUUUUCUUCUACUGAUUUACAGACAGCACCUGUGAAAUCUAGUGUUCCUAGAGAAAUUGAACCUGCUAAGCCAAUGCUACCUUCGAAGAAGAGGAAGAUCUCUACGACAAGCCAUAAUGUCAAGACAGAGCCUGUUAAGAGGAUCAUGACAGAUGAAGAAAAACAUAAACUGAGUAGAGAAUUGGAGUCUUUGCUAGGAGAAAUGCCGGAGCACAUUGUUGAUUUCCUGAGAGGGCAUAGUUUCAAUGGAGGCCAAACUGGGGAGGAUGAGAUAGAGGUUGAUAUUGAUGCUCUCAGUCAUGAUACAUUGUUCACACUGCGAAAGCUUCUUGAUGAUUAUUUGCAGGAGAAACAAAUGAAUCAGGCAAAAGCUGAGCCUUGUGAAAUGGAGAUUCUGAAUGAGUCAGGACUUAGCAAUUCAUCAAUGCCUUGCAAAGGCAAUGAACCCGUCGACGAGGAUGUAGAUAUUGGUGGAAAUGAUCCUCCUGUUUCAAGCUACCCUCCAGUAGAGAUAGAAAAAGAUACGGCUCAUAAAAACAGUAAAUGCAGUAGUUCAAGUAGCUCCAGUAGUGAAUCUGGCUCUUCUUCUAGUGAUUCAGACUCCGGCAGUUCUUCUGGCAGUGAAUCUGAGGGUGCUAAAGCUUCAUCUCCAGUGAAUGCGACAAAGGAGAAUUUAGAUUGUGGGGCAGAUAUAGACAAAAGGAGAAGUGAGUUGGUUGAUCCACAUGAUGGAAAUCAAUCUGUUAGUGGGUUGGACCAGGUUGAGCAGAAUCCUCAAACCAGGCCAGUUUCCCUAGAUGCAGAUUGUCCUCAAGAGGGGGAGAGUGCUCCAUCUGAGAGGCAGGUCUCCCCCGAAAAGCUUUAUCGUGCAGCUUUAUUGAGAAGUCGUUUUGCUGAUACCAUCCUCAAAGCUCGAGAAAAGGCACUUGAUCAGGUUGAUCAGGUUGAAAAGGGUGAUCCUGAGAAAUUGCGGCGCGAGAGGGAGGAACUUGAAAGGCAGCAAAGGGAAGAAAAAGCUCGGUUGCAAGCAGAAGCCAAGGCUGCUGAAGACGCUCGAAGGCAAGCAGAAGCCGAAGCUGCAGCUGAAGCCAAGCGGAGGAGGGAACUUGAGAGAGAAGCGGCACGUCAAGCGUUGCAGAAGAUGGAAAAGACUGUUGAAAUUAAUGAGAAUUGCCACUUUUUGGAGGACUUAGAAAUGCUAAGGGUUGCCCCUACUGAGCAUUUACCGAGCUCUGUAGAUGAAACAAGCCCAGAUCACUCUCAAGAUGUUAUAGGCAGUUUCAAGCUGCGGGGAAGUAGUAAUCCGUUGGAGCAACUAGGAUUAUACAUGAAAAUGGAUGAUGAUGAUGAAGAGGAAGGUGAGCCAGAGAGUGUUCCAGACCCCGACCCCAACCCCAACCCUGACAUCAACACCAAUAUGGUAAAUGAUGUUGAGGAAGGAGAAAUUGACUGACCGGGGUUUGGUUCUUCUGCCGUCACAGUCCUGCAACGGCAAGGAGCUUGAAUCAGAACAUUCGGCUCAGAAGACUGUCGGCCAGUCACAUGGUAAAUCUCCUUGAAUGGGCAAGAGAUUAUGUGACCCCCAUCCCUUGCUGCUUCAAGCAAAUCAUUGGGAACUGAUUGCAUUUAGACUAUCAGAAGCUUUAACAAUUGCUCUGAGUUUGGAAUGAGUUUUUCCUUAAGAGACGGUUUUGCCGUUGAAGCAGAUCUUCCCAUACCUAUAUAUCAUGGAUUUGCCUCGUGUUUAAUAGAGAAUCCAUGGGUCAUGGUAAAUGGCUUGCAUUUUGAGGGGCUA